AUGCCCGUCACUCAGUUCUCUACCCCCGAUCCGUACAGCUACUUGAAUGGCUUCAACUCCUACCAUGAGUACUUCGUCCAUCCUAACAACGCAAUAAAGAAUGCUUGUAUUGACUAUGGCAGAUCCGAGGCCGUGAAAGGCGCCCUUCCCACCGCCCAAAACUCACCUCAAAAACCACCCUUCGGCCUCUACGCCGAAAAGCUUUCGGGCACAGCAUUUACUGCCCCGCGACACGAGAACAAACAAACAUGGCUUUAUCGCAUCCUUCCUUCUGCAGCGCACGCAAACUACCAGCCCAUCGCUGAGGAUACAUAUCACACAUCGCUCAGUAAUGCCAAUGACGUGCAGAAUAAAUUACAUCACAUUCCCAACCAAUUACGCUGGAACCCGUUUGAUCUUGACGAGAAGGUUGAUUGGGUUCAUGGAUUACAUCUUGUCGCCGGCGCCGGUGAUCCAACGAUGAAGUCCGGGUUGGGCAUAUUGCUGUAUGCCGCUGGGAAGGAUAUGGGGAACGAAGUGUUCUAUUCGGCUGAUGGCGAUUUCUUAAUUGUGCCUCAGCAUGGUGUUCUAGAUAUUCAGACGGAGUUGGGGAAGUUUGUUGUGAGGCCAAAUGAGAUUUGUGUUAUUCCGAGGGGUGUCAAAUACCGGGUGAAACUCCCCUCCGGUCCGGUCAGAGGAUACAUCUGCGAACUCUACCAAGGUCACUACGAACUGCCCGAACUAGGACCCAUCGGCUCAAACGGUCUAGCCAAUGCCCGCGACUUCCAAGCGCCCGUCGCAGCCUUCGACGACGACGAAGGAGAAGCAACAGAAUACACCGUUAUUAGCAAAUUCAACAACAACCUCUUUUCCGCAAAACUCAAUCACACCCCCUUCGAUGUCGUAUCCUGGCACGGAAACUAUUACCCCUUCAAAUACGACCUGGGCCGCUUUAACACCAUCGGCUCAAUCUCUUACGACCAUCCCGACCCGUCAAUCUUCACCGUCCUAACCGCUCAAUCCGACCACCCGGGAACAGCUAUUGCGGAUUUUGUCAUUUUCCCUCCCCGCUGGCUUGUGGCGGAAGACACGUUUAGACCGCCCUGGUAUCAUAGGAAUGUCAUGUCCGAGUUUAUGGGUUUGAUUGCGGGUGAUUAUGAUGCGAAAAUUGGUGGUGGGUUUAGACCUGCGGGCGCCAGUUUGCAUAAUAUCAUGAGUGCGCAUGGCCCCGAUGCGAAUGCGCAUGAAAAGGCAAGUAAUGUGGAACUGAAGCCGCAGAAGGUGGGUGAGGGGAGUAUGGCGUUUAUGUUUGAAAGUACUCUUAUGGUAGGUGUGUCGGAAUGGGGCCUCAAGACUUGUGAGAAGGUACAAGAGGAUUACAACGCCGAGAGCUGGGAGCCCCUGAAGAGGCAUUUCGUUAAUCCAAACAAGAAGGCUUAG